CCGCUUACGGUCUGAGCAAGGGGCGCUGGAGGACGCCAUCUUGGGUUGCCUGGCCGAUCUCCGCGCGCCGUUCUCGAGGCGGAGCGUCUGCCCUGUGCUGUCCGCCACCGAGGUCACCGCGGGAGACUGACUGCAAGGCCGGGCGCGUGAGAAGACCGCGUGGAUGGAUUCGAUGGCUAGUACAGGGAAGGAUAACUACAGAAUGAAAAGUUACAAGAACAAAGCCUUAAAUCCUCAAGAGAUGCGAAGGCGAAGAGAAGAAGAAGGAAUACAACUUCGAAAACAAAAAAGGGAAGAACAGUUAUUCAAACGCAGAAAUGUCUCUUUGCCCAGAAAUGAUGACUGUAUGCUAGAGAGUCCUAUCCAGGACCCAGACAUCAGUUCCACUGUACCCAUUCCAGAGGAAGAUGUGAUCACAGCAGAUAUGAUUCAGAUGAUUUUCUCUAAUAAUGCUGAACAACAGCUGACAGCAACACAGAAAUUUAGAAAGCUGCUUUCUAAAGAACCCAAUCCACCAAUAGAUCAAGUUAUACAGAAACCAGGAGUUGUACAGAGAUUUGUGAAAUUUCUUGAAAGAAAUGAAAAUUGUACUUUACAAUUUGAAGCUGCGUGGGCAUUAACUAAUAUAGCAUCUGGAACAUUUCUGCACACCAAGGUAGUGAUUGAAACUGGGGCUGUUCCAAUUUUUAUCAAACUUCUCACUUCAGAGCAUGAAGAUGUACAGGAGCAGGCUGUUUGGGCCCUUGGUAACAUUGCUGGUGACAAUGCAGAAUGCAGGGAUUUUGUUUUGAAUUGUGAAAUACUUCCACCUCUCUUAGAGUUAUUAACAAAUUCAAACAGACUUACAACCACCAGAAAUGCUGUAUGGGCCCUCUCAAAUUUAUGUAGAGGCAAAAACCCUCCUCCAAAUUUUAGUAAGGUUUCACCUUGCUUAAAUGUCUUAUCACGACUGUUAUUUAGCAGUGAUCCAGAUGUGUUAGCAGAUGUGUGCUGGGCCCUUUCUUAUCUCUCUGAUGGACCUAAUGAUAAAAUUCAAGUAGUCAUUGACUCUGGAGUCUGCAGAAGAUUGGUGGAACUUUUGAUGCACAAUGACUGUAAAGUUGUAUCACCUGCAUUGAGAGCAGUUGGUAAUGUUGUAACUGGUGAUGAUAUUCAAACACAGAUCAUUUUGAAUUGUUCUGCAUUGCCCUGCCUCUUACACUUGUUGAGUAGUGCAAAGGAGUCAAUUAGAAAGGAAGCCUGCUGGACCGUUUCUAACAUCACUGCAGGAAACAGAGCUCAGAUCCAGGCUGUCAUAGAUGCAGGUAUUUUCCCUGUUUUGAUUGAGGUUCUCCAGAAAGCAGAAUUUCGUACCAGAAAAGAAGCAGCAUGGGCUAUAACCAAUGCCACAUCAGGAGGCACUCCAGAGCAAAUAAGGUAUUUGGUAACCUUGGGCUGUAUUAAACCACUUUGUGACCUUUUGACUGUCAUGGACUCCAAAAUAGUUCAAGUGGCUUUAAAUGGACUUGAAAAUAUUUUACGACUAGGAGAACAAGAAUCUAAGCAGAAUGGAGUGGGCAUCAAUCCAUACUGUGCUCUCAUUGAGGAAGCAUAUGGCUUGGAUAAAAUAGAGUUUCUGCAAAGUCAUGAAAAUCAGGAAAUUUACCAGAAGGCUUUUGAUCUAAUUGAACACUAUUUUGGUGUAGAAGAUGAUGAUCCCAGCAUUGUACCUCAGGUGGAUGAAAACCAGCAACAGUUUGUAUUUCAGCAGCAGGAGGCCCCAAUGGAAGGGUUUCAACUCUAACAGGUGGUGGGAAAAAGCAGCUUUUGAUAGCUCUUCCACAUGACCGGCGGAAAUGUUUUUAUAUAAUACAGGAAAGAGAAAAUCAGGUGUACUUUUAAAAGGAAAUAUGAAACAAAAGUUUCCAUUCAGAUGUACCAUUUCUUUUUAGAUUUUUCUUGUUUUGGUUAUUCGUUUUAAUGUAACUGUAUUUGUCUUUUGUUAUUUAGAUUUUUGUAUCUAAUUGUGAAUAUACAUUAUGCAAUUAUUUUAUUCAGGCUUGAAAAGGAGAACUUGGCGAAUAUUACGUAACGGUUCUGAACUUUUCAAGUGUUCUUGAAAACUGCACAAGAGUAGCAUUGUGAAUAUUUAUAGUUGUAUCUUGUCAGUGAGUCUGACUGUUCCCGGUCUUCAUUAAAUCUACCUCUGUCCUGAAGCAUAAAGAAAAGCUCCAGAAACAUUUAAGAGCUGAAUUAGAGUGUGAUAAUCUUUAUUAUUUUAGAUUCUAAAUCACUGUGCGGUAGGUUACACUUCACAAACAAUUGUAACAGAACUCUUAAAAAUAGUGUACUGAUGGUUAAAUGUAGCCAUUAUGAAGAGAGAAGCUGUUCAUGCUGGUCACAUUGCAAACCUAUAAAACACUUAAAUAUCUGUGUUGUUCACAUAAAAUACUAUUAUUCUAGUAAAUUUUAUAUUUUAUCCAGAUUUGCUACCUUUUUUGGAAGUUUUUAUUUUCACUCUUUAUUUUAAAGAUGAUCACGACAGAGAAGUGAUCGUGAGUCUGUAGUGCUGCAUACCUGAAACUGUAUUUCCUUUGAUUUUUCAGAAGAUCUUGAACAUUUUAUUCUCUGUAUGAUAAUGAACUUAAGUACUUGAAUGAGAAAAGUGUCUUGAAAGAAAUCACCUUGUUAUGUAUUAAAUUUUGUUAAAUGCAUUUAAUGUUUUGACUAAAUGAAUGAUGCUAAUGAAAAUUGCUAAGGAUUAUUUAAUGUACAGAAAUUGACAUUAGAAAUAUUUCUUUUUGAUAGUGCAAACCAGGUCUCACAGCUGCUUAUUAUGAACUAUGUGAUAGAUGACCUUCACAUCUGAUUGGUCAAUCUUAUUUCUGUUUUAUGAGUUAACAGGAAAAAGUCUCUUGAAAAUCUAAAUUUUUUGAUAGAAAAUUUAUAUUUAUUUACAUACAUGUGUGUUAUUGCCAUAGAACUGUGCUUGGUAGAGUUUCUAAGCAGAUGUGGUAUUGUUGAACUCAGUUUUUUGAUUUAUAGUUAUAUGCAGUUGGUGUAUAUAUCCAGUUAUAUCCUUAAGAAUACUUAUGUAAAACCUAAAUUACAAUUCUUUUGAGAUGGGAACUAAAACAAUUUUGAAAUGAUUCAUAAUCUAUUCUGUAAAGAAAUAUUUCAUUUAUAAUAGCAUUUGUAAUGUUUCUGCAGGAAAUCAGAGGCAUGUGACAUAAGGAAGGUGUAUAUAGGAGCAUUAUUAAAUAGUAAAGCACUUUGUAAACUGUAUAUCAUGAAUCUAAGCUUUGGCAAGACAUUUAAGCCUCACAACCAUGAAAUUUCGUAGUGCUGACUGCAUCUGUCAGUCCUUUUAUACCAGGAAGUAGCAGAUUGUGUCUGUGCCCUUUUUAUUAUAAUGGGAGUUAUAGAGUUAAGUAUAAAGUUUUUCUUUUACAUUAAGUACAUUCAAAGAAACAGGGUAGUGAUAUAAAGAUUACCAAAUUGAUGGUAAAUUUAUCAAAUAGACACUUUUAUGGUGGUGGUGUUUCUAAGUGUAAGAUGACAGGGUAUUUGACUCUUUGUAAUCAGUUGAACUUGUUGAUCAGCAUAAUUCAAACCUAGCCAGCUGUGCCUGCUUUGAGGAUGCAGUCAUCACUAUAACAAACCUCUAAGCUGAAUCUUCCAAAAAAAGUUCUUACAGAGAAAUUACAUAUAGGUGUAUGUGUGUGUAUGUGUGUAUAUAUAUAUAUAUAUAUAUAUAUAUAUAUAUAUGCAUAUAUAUACACAUACAACACACAUGGUAUAUACAUAUAUGUAUGUGUGUGUAUAUAUAUAUGUGUGUAUAUAUAUACACAAUGUAUAUAAUGUUUGCAGGCACAUAGACUAAAUGACUUAUAAAAGGACAUUUUAGACUUUGCCAGUGGGACAAAUGUUGUAUUUCUAAGUAUAGAACUUGGUCAUACCCUGAAUAUUUAAAUACAAACAAAUUUAAUUUCAUAAAUUAGUAUCUUACAUAAAUUGAUUAGAUUUGAAUGCAGAGGGCAUUUGGUCCAACUUUAAGGUCUAGCUCUUUUUUUUUUUUUUUUUUUUUUGAACCAAGAGUAAGAUAAGAGCUACCUUUUUUUUUUUAUUUUAUUUUAUUUUCAAUGCAGUUUAUUCAGGAACCUUGAACAAUCCUCGGACCCUGGGGAAAGCCAGCCCACAGCUUAAAUAGCCUCUGGGUAGCCAACCCAGGUGUGCCACGUGGGCAAUGCAGAUAGGUCCACAUACAUGGAAGCAAGCCAGAUCCUCGGCCUUAGCCAAAUGUGGAGUUGUUCGUGACAGAGAGCACUCACCAUCGGGAAGGUGGAAGGCGGAAACCAGCUCCAUCUUUAAGGCAUAGCAUUCCGCAGCUCUCUACAGUUCCCCCUUUUUGUUUUAGACGCAUCAGGCAAGAGUAGAGGUCUGAUCUCUGAUAUUAGAAAUAAAUUGGGACUUUGUACCGAUGUUCAUUUAGGUGUCAUCCACCCAAAGAGCAUCAGACCCGUCUGAUACCUUUUUCUCAGAGGCAGGACCUGGGGCAUCAACCCGUAUGCAAUCAGACAUGCUCUUCUCUGGGUCCAAAGUGGCUGACCCUGAGUGCAGUGCUUAGCCUCGCAUCCUGAGCGUAUCAUUUUAAGAGCUACCUUUUUAAGAGUAGCAUUAUCAUCAUCGUCCCCUGUGACACAAUUUAAAAAGUUGCUUUUCUAAGAUUUAUGACUCUUACAUAUGAUAGAUACUGUGCCAAAUAAAAUAAAUGUGUUUUAAGAAAUACAUAUGACAUUAAUGCAGAUACCAAAAAAAUACUUGAAAGAGUCCAUUUAAAUUAAAUUUGGUCCAUUUUAAUAAACUUAAUUGAACUUGAAUUUCUACUGGUUCAACUAUGCAAUCAUGCUUGUUUUAUAAAUACUUGGUGCACUGGCCUAGGUUUUUAUUGUUUGUUUGCUUGCUUUUGCUGUAAGUUUUAAUUUGGAAGGUUAUUCUAACCUAAUUUUUAGUGUUGUUAAUUUUUAGUGUCAUUUGUCACUUACUGGUAGCACUGAAACAGGGUAUUUUGCUUUUCUUUUUAAAGUAAAUGUGCUGGCACAGAAAUACCUUCUCAUUUGGUUCCUGAAACCUGCUUGCAGUUAAAGAUUGACUCACUGGGUGAAGAACUAAAGAAGCAUUUAUUACCUCUGCUUUGAUAGUUUUUUUUCUUUAUAAAGGAGUAUUAUGGAAAAAGUAAAUAUAAAAAUGUCUUCAUGGAUUUUUGUUAGCGUUGUAAAUUCAGCAAUCUACUGGUUGCUUAAUUGUGAUACUGUGAAAUAAAAUGAACUCCUGUCCAUUUCAGUACAUAGCAUUGUUACUUUCUGAAAUGUGACAUGCUGUUAGGAGCCAGUAUAAUAGGAAAGUAGGAUGAGAUGAGGGGAUUUUCGCUUAACUACAUAAACAAACGUUUGAGCAUUAUGCAAUAUUAUGAAAUGUUACAGUCUACUAAACACAAUAAAAUACUAUUUUACAAUUCCAUUUAUAUAAGUGUGUUUGCGUUUAUUGUUGCUAAGACUGUAUAUUCACAAUGGAAUAAAAACAUGCCACCAUCA